AAAGCUUUCUCUCUCUGGGCUGGGACUAGUGAUUUUUUUCUCAUAUGAAAGUAACCUUCAAACAGUUCUGUCAAAUUGAUUGUUUUGUUAAAGUUUACCUGACUUUUUUGCGACAAGUAGCUCUUGAAAUGUCGCCCAUCAAGUUGCUAGAAGACAGAAUUGCUAAUUUAGAGAAGCAAGUGUACGGAAUUGGCAAGACAAUUAAUAUUGAUGAUCCAGUACCUUCAAAGACGAUUGUCGAUCGACUCACAGAUGCUAAUUCACUAAUCAAUUCGGCAUUGUCAGGUAGAGAAAAGCCAAAUACACUUAUUAAGCGAUUGCCAGAAUUAAAUGGUUACUUGGAGCCUACUUCUGAAGAUGUCGAUAUGCCCACAAGCGCUAAAAUACAAUUGUUGUUGACAAUGGAACCAGAAAUCUUGGAGAAUCACAAAUUGUUAACCCAACUGCAGGAACUUGCACCUGUGUUGCAAUCAGAACGUAUCAAAGAUGCGCCUGAAUUAAAUAAUACAUUUAACAAAAUAUCAUUGUCUUAUCUUAAAGCUUAUGAAGAUUCCAAAGAGUUGAGUGCUCACGUACAUGAUCUGUUAUCUAAAUACAAUGCAGUCAUAAACAGUAUAUCAGAAUCAUUAAUUAUUUUAGAUAAUGCGGUUACAGCUGCAGAAAUAGCAGCUAAACCGAAGAAACAAACAGAUGAUGAUUAAUGAAAUAAUUGUUCCAUUUCAUUUAAGUAUAUUACUUAUAUUAUGUUUUUACACAAAUUGGUAUUUCAAUACUACUUCAAUUCUUUAUAGUGCAAAUUCACUUUUAUCACUCAUCUUUUAACUUAUUUAUUAGAAAUGUUAAAGAAGUGUUUUAAAAAUAAAUUUUUUAGCAGUAGAAAGAAAAUAUACAUAUUUAAAAUACAUUUAUUUAUCAUAUUUAUUUGAAAUAUAAAAAUACGCAUUCGUAAAUACGUAUAUAUGUAAUAUAUAUCGUAAGUACGUAUGAAUAUACUUUAUUUAAUUUCUAUAACAAUGUAUUUUAUUAAAAAAUAAUCAUAUAUUAUAUACAUUUAUAUCUAUUGCUUAGUUCUAUUCAUGGUUCAUUUCAGGAAUCCUUAAUUAGGAUCUCUGAGACAAACUGUCGAUUUGUAUAUAAUCGGGCAUGUGUUAUAUAUUGUGCAGUCUCUUGUAUUAAAAAAAUUAUUAUCUAAUUGUUAAUGCGUUAAGUGUGCCAGAAAUAUUCGAUAUAUCACAAAAAUUGUUUUUGAUUUCACUGAAGGCAACAGCAAAUUUCGUGUAAAUAUGGUAAUAAGCAGGAAUUUUAUAUAUAAAAAAUUCUUUAAGAG